AUGCAGCAUAGCAAGAGUAGCAGGAAAGACAUUGUAACAAAUGUUUCUCCAAGGAUAAUACGUGGAACUACCACAGGUCCCAUGUAUGGUCCAGGUCAAGGUUCCUUCUUGAACAUUGAGCUCAUAAGUGAGAAAACAGCAGCCUAUUGGUGCAGGAGUAUUACUGAACUGAAGUCAGACUUCCCUGACAAAAUUGUCAUUGCCAGCAUCAUGUGCAGCUAUAAUAAGAAUGAUUGGACUGAGCUUUCAAAAAUGGCUGAGGCUUCUGGAGCAGAUGCCCUGGAGUUGAAUUUAUCAUGUCCGCAUGGCAUGGGAGAAAGAGGCAUGGGACUGGCUUGUGGACAGGAUCCAGAACUAGUACGCAACAUCUGUCGUUGGGUGAGACAAGCUGUUCAGAUUCCUUUCUUUGCCAAGCUGACACCAAAUGUCACAGACAUUGUGAACAUUGCGAGGGCUGCCCAAGAAGGUCAUGCAGAUGGUGUUACCGCCACCAAUACUGUGUCAGGGUUGAUGGGACUAAAGGCAAAUGGCAUGCCUUGGCCUUCUGUAGGACACAGCAAAAAGACCACCUAUGGCGGAGUAUCAGGAAAUGCCAUCAGACCAAUAGCUCUUCGAGCUGUUUCUGCAAUUGCUAGAGCUCUUCCUGGUUUUCCUGUCUUAGCAACAGGAGGCAUUGACUCAGCUGAAAGCGGCUUGCAAUUUCUUCAUAGUGGUGCUUCUGUUUUACAGGUGUGCAGUGCAAUUCAGAAUCAGGACUAUACUGUAAUUGAUGAUUACUGCACAGGGCUGAAGGCUCUGCUUUAUCUGGAAAGCCUUGAGGAACUGCAGGACUGGGAAGGACAGAGCCCACCAACCAUACAGCAUCAGAAAGGAAAACCUGUACCUAAAAUUUCCGAGUUGAUUGGAAAGAAACUUCCCAGCUUUGGACCCUACCUUGAGCAACGAAAGAAGAUAACAGCUGAAAAUAAGCUGAAACUAAAGGGACAGAGCAGCCUCCUUUCCCAGCUUGAGAGAAAGUGUUUUGUUCCAAAGAAGCCCAUCCCGGCCGUGAAGGAUGUAAUUGGAAAAGCACUGCAGUAUAUUGGAACAUAUGGAGAGCUCAGUAGUACCGAACAAGUUGUGGCUCUGAUUGAUGAGGAAAUGUGUAUCAACUGUGGCAAAUGCUACAUGACCUGUAAUGAUUCUGGCUACCAGGCUAUACAAUUUGAUCCAGAAACCCACCUGCCCACUGUUACUGACAGUUGUACAGGCUGCACUCUGUGUCUCAGUAUCUGCCCUAUUAUUGACUGCAUCCGAAUGGUUUCCAGGACAACACCUUAUGAAGCAAAGAGAGGCUUGCCCUUAGCUGUGAUCCCCAUGUGCUGAGCAGAUCAGACCAACAGUUAAAGGGAAACUUCUAUUUGCUUGAUUCUAUUGAUUUGCUUUCUAAUUAGUACCAGCAAGUCCAGUACAUUCUAGCAAAAAGAAGGGAAGAGGGGGGAAGAGGGAGGGAGGAAGAGGGGGAGGGGAGGAGGAAAGGAAAGGAAAAGAAAGGAAAAGAAAGGAAAGUAAUUCCACUAAUGAGCGGCUAAAUAAAACUGGCUGAAUUUUUCAGUUUAUAUCCCAUCUCUUUCCCUUUCUAAUCUUCAGACAGAUAAUAAGUUAGUUUGCUGGUUGUGAUUUGGCUUUGCCUUUUAUAAGAUGCAUAACUUUUUUUCUCGCGCGCUUUCACAAAUCUGUAUAUGUUCUGAUCAUCUGAGUUUUAAUUUUUCUUCGCUCUAACAAUGGAAUGAAAAUCAAGAAACUUUUCAUAAUCAUGUAAACCCUAACACAUGGACAAACUUUGUUACCAUGGAAACAUUGGGUAAUUACGCAUUUCAUUUCCUUUUAAAACUGGUUUUAGAAGAUGUAAUUAACUGUAUAACACACAAACAAAGCAUUGUAUAUCAUGGGGGGGUGCUUUUACAGAAAGAUAUAAAAAGAGGGUUAAACUGCUAUUUCUGAACAAUUAAAUCAGUUUUGAUAGUGGCAGCAUCUGCUGGUCUAUUACUCUAGUUCUCGCUAAAUUCUACUUCUCCCUAAAUGCUACCUCUGACUAGGCAUUAAAAAAUCAAAUGUGCAAAUACAGUGCACUUUUGUCAUUUGAUGUUUUCAGUUGGUAGCACAAUUUUUGUUGCUGUUGUUCUGUUAAUGAACUUCCAGUCCCUAUGUACUAAUUCUAAUCUUUCACAUAUAAAUAUAGGAUAUUUUUUGUCACAUCACUAUGGUGUUGGCAAAAUAAAAUUAUUCUUGAGGCAUGAGCAGAGGACCAAAGGCAAUUACUUCAAAAUUUUCUUGUUUUCUACCAUUCAUACAGUGCUGGAUAAAACAAUGUAGUUCUGUCAGCGUAGAUAGAUGGGUGAGGAUCAGACGAUACAAUCUUUUUGAUUGCCACAGAGAGUAUCUGACAAUAAAUGGUGUCUACUAAAUAUUUUCCAACUACAAAGUCCAUUUCACUUCUGGGUUUUACUGUGCCUAAAUGAAAGUUCCACAAAAUCUUUGGAGAAAGGAUGAGUUGAUGGGCC